AUGGACUCGAUCUUUGGCCGCAAGAAGCGCUCGCGCCAAUUCAAUUCGGACGCCGCCGACAAGGCCAUCCCAUACGAGCGCACAGCCAGCGGUCGCAAUCCCCUCUCGGGCGACAAUGCGCACCCUAGCUCAUCCUACUCGAGCCCAACCAGCUCCAAGCUCUCCAUCGGCAAUCCUCAGGCCAAUCCUUCCCUCGGCAGCGGUGUACAUCGCUCCAGCGCCUACUCGGACGUCUACUAUGAUACGCCUCGAUCCAGACUCGGCAGCUAUGCUUCCUCGUCCAUCGGCACCGAAGGCUUCGAUAUGUUCCCUUCCUCGGCAUCCAUCAUCUCGCAUGCCAACGGCUCCACCGUCUCGACCUCAUCCCAUCGUCGCAACAUGUCCUCCGUCUCUUCUGCUCGUCAUGGUCUAGGCACGCACGACUCGAUGCAGUCCGGCUCCUCCGCGUAUGCCCUCAACGGCACGCGCUCUUCUCGCUAUAAUUCCAGCAUCGGCACAGGCGCAGGAGAUACCAGCAGCAUCCGUCACAACGGCUCCCAGCUACCCAACGACGUCAUUAGCAGAAUGUCGGUCGCUUCUACGGCCACAGGGGGUGGCUAUUCGCAGUACCUGGAAGAUAGCCGAACAGGCGGUCCAAGUGCCAGCACCAGUGGAUCGACGCUGGCCAGAGACUCGUAUCUCCCUCAACAACAGCAGCAGCAGCAGCAAUCACACCCAUCAUCGCAGUCCGGCGGCAAAGCACCCGAUUUUGUCCUCCAACGCCCACCAGACGCCGAAGUCGAACGCCUCUUUGCCGAACUCAUGGACAAGCGCGACUUUCUCAACGUCCCCGGCGGCAACCUCUCGGAUGAGCUCAAAGAGACCGCUCGCCGCAACAUGCUCAGUUUCAGCGCCGACAAAAAGUGGACCCUCGUCUACAACGACAAGCUCACCGAAUGGCAUGCCGAAAAGGAACGCGAUCGCAAUCGUCGCCAGCACUCGGUGCAAGCAGGUCCAGCAGGCACAGGCUCCAGUCUGGUCAUCACGCGCAACUCGCCGAAAUGGUUCAUCAAAAAGUUCAUGGACGGGACCGUGACGACCAAGCACAUCGAGUCGCUCGCCGUGACGCUGCGAACCUGUGCCAUCGGCUGGAUCCAGAGCUUUGUGGGAGCCAAAGGAACGCCUGUCCUCGCCAGCUUCUUGAGCGGACUGCACGCCAAAGGCAUCAAGAGCGAUAACGACCUGGCGCUCGAAUACGAAGUGCUCAAAGCGUUCCGAUCGCUCUUCAACUCGAAACCGGGCGCCAACGAUGCGCUGACCCAACCGAAAUGCAUCAGUGGCAUUGCGCAUUCCAUGAUCUCGCUCCAGCUCACCACGCGCAAGCAGGCUGCCGACAUUCUGCUCUUCUUGUGUCACUGGGACAAGCCUACCGGGCACCGCCUCGUGUUGAAGGCCUUUGACGACCUCAAGACAAGCCAGGGCGACCACGGUCGCUUCGACGCGUGGUUCCGCGUGCUCGAGCAGACCAUCGACGGACGCGGCAAGAUGGGCUCCAUGGUCGGCGCUUCCGAUGAAGUCAAGAAGCUCAGCGUGGUGGGACCGUACGAAUCCAGCUUGAACGAGUACGCCAUCAACAACAUGUUUCUCAUCAACGCCAUCCUCAAUUCGGACAUCGUCCCCGAGUUCGAGGUACGCGUCCACCUUCGCAACCAGAUGGAGGCGAGCGGACUGCAGCGCAUCUUGAUCAAGAUGCACGCCUUCAAGAACAUGGAUCUGGAUGCUCAGAUCGGUGUCUUCGAGAAGGGUGCCGAGGCGGAUCACGAGGAUGUCGUCGAGACGUUCAACAGGGACGUGCUCACCGAUCUCAGCGAUCCCGUCGACGUGUUUCGCGCGAUCGUGGACAAGGUCGAGGGCUCGCGAGCGUACGACUUUUUCCUGUCAGCGUUACAGCAUCUGUUGUUGAUUCGUAGAGAUGGCGACGACCUCGUACACUACUACCAGCUCAUCGACUCGAUGGUGACCUCCGUGGUCAUGGACCGUAAGGGCGCUGUCGAAGGCAACGACAUUUCGUCCCUGCUGGGCGUGUCGGUGAACAACGUCCUAUCUCGCUUCGCCGAUCAGGACCACAUUAACUCGAUGCAGUCCGAGCUGCAAAAGGCCAAAGCUAGAGCGGCCGCACUCGAGCAGGAACGUUUGGACCUCGAAGCGAAACUCAAAGCGGGCUCCGGCGGUCUCAUCGGCACGCUGCAAGAGCAGAUUGAAAAGCUCGAGGACGACCUUUCGCUCGCUCGCGGCAACGCCGGCGCAGCGCGAGACGAGAUGGACGAGAUGGAAAAGGCCUACAUCGACCGAGUGGUGGCGCUCGAGAUCCAGAUCCGAGAGCUGUACGACAUGCUACGGGAAGCGCAGAUGGAUGUCAGCGAUGUAGCUGCGCCGGGCAAGGGCAGUCUGGAUCGCAAGCAGCUCGUGGAUACGCUGGAAAAGCAGCUCGAGCGCAACAAGACGAUCCGCAAGCUCGAGGCGAAUGCGCGCAAGAACAAGGGCGCUGCGCCUCCUGUCCCCGCUUUGCCCGGAGUGCCGACCGAGGAUGAUCGUAAGCGCAUCUCUGCGUCGGUGCGUCGCCAGUCGACGUUGUCAAGGGCGGCGGCGGAGAAUGGUGCCGAAGAGGAGGGCGUGGAGGACGACAACGACGUUGUUGAGGAAGACGAGGGACCUGAUGAAGAAUCGCUGGAUCCCGAAACGGCGAAAUGGAAGAUUCAGGCGACCUUGGCAGCAGGAAUGGCGCAAAACACCGAUCUGGCAUCGAGGAUGGUGGAUGCACGCGAAUCGCGCCGUCGCAAACCACCGCCCGAGGACGGCAAGCGUACGUCGCAUCCUGCUGUCCGGACGUUGCUCGACGAGAUCCGCCGCGAGCGUGGCGACGAAGAUCCGGAUUCCGAUGACGAGCAUAUCGCCGGACGAGGCAAGAAGAAGGCCAGUGCAUUGGCUAGCGUUGCCGAGGGUCAGGUCGCUGGUCCAGAUGCAGACGCUCCUUCGAGCUCGGCAGCACCACCGCCACCACCACCGCCUCCCCCUCCCCCGCCUCCUCCUCCGCCGCCGCCGCCCUCGAUGAUCAUGCCGCCGCCCCCGACGAUGGCAGCGGGUCCAAAGGCUCUGCUCGACUCGGCAGCCAUGCCUCCACCACCGCCACCGCCACCACCCCCGCCCGCAUUCGGCCUGCUGCCCACCAUCACCCACAGCGUCAACUCCGAGAUGCGUUCCGCGUUUUCGACCCCCGACUCGUCUCGCCCUGGAUCCAUGCUGGUCUCGAGCACAGGCACAGGCGUUCCGACUGCGCCACCACCGCCUGGCUCGAUCACCGACUCGCCUUUGCAGGACAGCAGCCAGUUCCGCAACUCGAUGAUGAAUGUCCGUGCCUCUUACCUUCCGACGCACCUCGGUCCUGCCGGCCCCAUCGCCGCGCCUCCUGCGCCCGGCGCCGCCGGUCUUUUCGCGAACCACGCCCUCAGCCGCAAAGACGUGCUUGCCAUGGCUCGCUCCAAGAUGAAGCAGCUGCAGUGGGACAAGCUCUCCCCCCAGCACGCAGCAGAAACCAUCUUUGGCCAGCACGAGCUCACGGCGGACGAAGAGCAGGUGGUCAAGAUGCUCCAAUCCGAAGGGCUGUUCGACGAGAUGGAGGAGGACUUCAAAGCCAAGCAACCCGUCAAGAAGUCGGCUUCCACCGCGAAGAAGGACAAGCUGGAACUGAAGACGCAUCUGAGCCUGCAAACCCGACAAGGAAUCGAGAUGGUUCUCAAGCGGGUCAAGUCGAGUCUCACCGAAUCGAAACAGGCGAGUCCGGAAGAGGUGGCGCAUCACAUCAUCAACUGCAACGAGGCGGUGCUGGACCAGAGUUUCUUGACGGAGCUGCUGCGGCACUAUCCGGAGAGCGAGACCAAGGGGCAGCUGGGCGAGUAUCGAAAUGCGUCGGACGAGGAGCUGCGGUUGUUGCACCCGGCAGAUCGGUUGGUGGUGCUGCUGAUGACGGUGCCGCAUCUCAAGGAGAAGGUCAAGGGUCUGUUGUAUAUGACCAAGUACCGGGAGACGUUUGAUCUCAUCAAGGCGGGAACGGUCAAGGUUCGGGAUGCAUCCGAGGGGUUGAUGAAGGCCAAAUCCUUCGCUCGACUGUUGAGCCUCAUCCUGAUGAUGGGCAACUACCUCAACUCGACCGGUGUUCAAGGUGGAGCAUUCGGUUUCAAGAUCACGUCGAUCAACAAGCUCGUCGACACCAAAGCCUCCGACGGUACGACGCUGCUCCACUUCAUUGAGCGCACCAUCUCCAAGUGCUUCCCCGAAGUCGAGAGCUUCAUGGACGAGCUGGAGCUUCCUGCCGAGGCAUGUCGGGUUCAACUCUGGGAUCUCCGUCGCGAUCUGGCCGAGCUCAAAUCGGGCUCGUUCCAGCAUCGCAAGGACCUCGAUCGUCUACUCGACGAGAACGAGGACAACCUCACCGAUCCGUACGUCAAGAUCAUGCUUCCAUUCCUCAACGACGCCGCAUCGGAUCUUCAGCGGCUCAACGACCAAGUGCAGUUUGCCGAACGGACGUACAACGAGGCGCUCAAGUUCUUUGGCGAAGGUCCUGAUCCGAAGAAGCGCGGUCUGGGUCAGUUGGCCAACCAGACGAUGCGCACGGAGGACUUUUUCGGUAUCUUCAAAGAGUUUUUGGCGGCGUACAAGAAGUGUAAAGUGGACAACGUCAAAAUUGGCGAGCAGCGGGUACUGGAGGCGAAACGGCGGGCGGCAGCGGAGGAGCGGGAGAAGGAGCGACAGGAGGCGAUCGCCAGAAAGGAGGCGGGAGUGGACGAUUCCGCGGUGCUGGAGACGCUACUCGGCAGUCUAAGGAGUGGAGGUGGGGGACCGAACAAGCAACGACGCAAAGCGCGGGAGAGACGACAGACGAAUGCGGCGGCUACCGGGGCUGGUGUUGCGGGUUUGGGGAGUGCAGGUGGGUCGGAGGACUCGGGUACCGGUGCGACGGGUGCGCAGGGAAGCCCGUCCGAUGUGGCCGCCGCGAUGCUCGCCAAGCUGCAGGGCGGAGAGGAUGCGGUAGGGGGAGGCGAACCGAGUGCGAGUGCGUUUAGGACGACGAGGAGACGGGAUCGUAGGUCGGGUCGGGAUGCGCCCGCGUUGCCACAGGCGGUCAAUGCGACGCAUGUGGCAAUGGCAGAGGACGACGAGCCGGCAGUGACGAGCGACUCGAGCCCUGCACUGUCGCAGCAGACGCACGCGCCGGCGGUGGUGACGGAGACGCAAGCAGAGUCGACGACGGCGGCGGUCAUCCCGGCCUCGACAUCACGCAAUAUCGUCACGCCGCUGGCUGAGACACGGCAUGACGAGGAAGAACACGAGGAAGGAGAGGAGGAGGAGGAAGAGGAGGCGGCAUUCGAAGACGCCCUCCCAGCGCCACCUGUCCGGCCCGCACCACGCAAGAGCGAUGCAGCAGCGCCCAGCUCGGACCUGGAGUGGUUCGACCCGGAUCUGUCGGGCUUCAGUGCUGCCGGGCAGAGUAUUUCUUCCAGUGGCGCAUAG